UGGAAGGCAGGUGGAGAGGCCCUUAAAACCAGGCAGCGGGCUGCCGCCUCUUCUCCUGGCCUGAGGACAGAGCGAGGCUCACUGAACCUCGGAGAUGAAGGGGUUCCUCACUCUGGCUUGGUUCCUGGCUUAUGAUGUCGUGUGAAUUCUAUCCAGUGUGUCUCGGCCCCUCACCAUGCGUCUGCCUCGGUGCUCAGGAUUCACACACUAUCUUGACAACACCAAGAGGUGUGCCUGCUGUGCUGGGGGGCUUGCUGGACCUGAAGUCCAUGAUCGAGAAGGUGACAGGCAAGGACGCCCUGAAGAACUAUGGCUUCUACGGCUGCUACUGUGGCUGGGGCGGCCGAGGGACGCCCAAGGACGGCACCGACUGGUGCUGCUGGCUGCAUGACCUCUGCUACGGGCGGCUGGAGGAGGAGGGCUGCGGCAUCCGGACGCAGUCGUACCAGUACCGCUUCGCACGGGGCCGGGUCACCUGCGAACACGGGCCUUUCUGUCCAGUGGGUCUCUGUGCCUGUGACCGGAAGCUUGUCUACUGCCUGAAGAGAAACCUCUGGAGCUACAACCCCCAUUACCAGUACUUCCCCAACAUCUUCUGCUCCUAGCUGCUCCGGUGGCUCCUGUCCUCUCCUGCGGCCACUGAGCUCCCUCUGCCCUGGGUCCUGAGAGAUGCGAUCAGGCCUCAUUCUUUCUCCACGCUCCACCAGGCCUGGAGGAGCCCCAGGGUUCCUGCCUUCCAGAGUCCCAAGGUCCCGGGGGCCUCCACUUGCAAGGACAGCCCCUCUGGGCUGGCCCUCUCCGCUGGCCCCAGGUCCAGGGGGCACUUACUUUUCUGUCUCUGGAAUCAGAUUGUCAAAACCACCCUCCAGGGAGUUUUUCCUCAAGUCAAAGCAAAACCGUUUCCCUAAAUCUGCUGAAUGGGUAUUAAAUAAAACUCACCCUCCAGGCUAAUGAAAACCACGCAGGCAUUUCCUCUCGGGUGGGAGUCCCACCUCUUUCUCCAACUUUGGGCACGAAGCCCAAAGUCACCUGCAUUCUCUCAGAGCAGAGGGAAGUCUGGGCGCAGGGAGGAUCCCCAAGAGCUGCGGGCCAACUCUCAGGCUCAUUUUUUAAAACCCUGGAUUCUCCCCGCCAAGCAGUGGGGUUCAUUCUUCCUCAAGAGAGUAGAGGGAAGAUAAUGGGUGAUUACACCAGCCUGGGCAUCAAACCCCAGCUCUGGCUUCUCCAGCUGUGUGAUUUUCAGUCCGUUACUGAACCUCUCUGAUCUGCAAUCUCUUUGAAAAAUAAACAU